AAUGUCAUGCAUGAUUCGCGUUUUACUCGCACUUAAAGCGGUGAGAGAAACUCGCCACCAUGAGCCAACAAGCUGCUGCUUUGCAGAAUUACAAUCAUGAGCUCGUUAAUUGUAUUGAGGACCUAUGCUCUAAGCGGGAAGAAUUAAACCGUCAGAUCAAGCUGGAGGAAGAAGAGAAGGAACGACUGCAACACGACAUCCGUGUCUUCUCAGGUAAACUGAGUAAAGUCAAUGAAAGCUUGGCACAAAGAAUGGCUGCCCGCGCUACCUUCGACCGCACCAUCGCAGAGACUGAGGCUGCGUACACCAAGAUUUUAGAGAGUUCCCAAUCACUCUUGAGUGUCCUGAAGCACGAGGCCGGAAACCUCACUAAAGCCUCCGAGCCGCGCAAAAAAGAACACUAAUGCUAAGCACGUGGAAUUUGAGUGUUGCAUUGAAGCUGAUAAAAACAGGCCCUAUGCUUUCCUCUUAACAUUAUGACGCCAAUCAAUAGUAAUGGAGGAUGUAAGGUGUCAGAAAAUGUACUGUAUGUUUGUAAUUUUCUUGUUCUGUACAAUUGCUUUGCAUCAUAUUGAUAAAUGUCAAAUUGUUGAAAAAAAACCAAAAAAAAUCAACAUGUAUUUACAUUCCACACAUAAUGUUUGCUCCAGCUUUAUAUUUAUUUAGCAUACAUCUGUACAUGUAUGACAUCACUUAAUUUCUGCUCAAAUCAUCCACAGUAACUUUACACAGCUGAGGCAAUGCACAAUUAUACCGUCGACAAAGAAAAGGAAAAGUAAAGCAUUAAAACUGGAGUGUUUUACUAUUGUAUGUGCCCAACACAAUCUGCCCAUUUUGCAACAUUGGGGUGGAAAACAUCAAUGUAUGUGUGUACAAUUUAUGGUUUGUUUGGGAAUUGCCACUUGAAGUUGUUGCUGGUGCUGGCUUCGGUCCAUUAUGUCACGGAUGAACCAAGGGACAAAAAACAGAAUCUCAAAAGUUUAGUAGGUCUUUGUGGAAGGCAGCAGUGAACAUUGUGUUGUCAAAAUGGGUAAAUGUUGAUUUACAAAAAGACAUUUGGACAAUUUCUCUUGCAUGAAUUUUGACUAUAGCCAUCCAGACAAAACAUCGUAAAGGAUUUGAUCAUUUCAGUUUGGCAAUGUUGUAAGUGGGCAUUUUGUAUCUGAAGAGAUUUCACAUUUACAGUGGUAUGAAAAAGUAUCUGAACCUUUUGGAAUUUGUCACAUUUCUGCAUAAAAUCACCAUCAAGUGUGAUCCGAUUUUCAUCAAAAUCACACAGAUGAAAAACAGUGUCUUUAACUAAAACCACCCAAAGAUUUAUAGGUUUUUAUAUUUUAAUAAUGAAGAUAGUAUGCAAACAAUGACAGAAGGAGGAAAAUAGUCAACAAUCACAUUUUAUGUUUAGUGUCCCCCCUUUGGCAGCAAAAACUUCGAGUAGACGCUUUCUGUAGUUGCAGAUCAGUCUGGCACGUCAAUCAGGAUUAGUCUUGGCCCAUUCUUUUCUACAAAACUGCUGUAGUUCAAGUCAGAUUCCUGGGAUGUCUGGCAUGAAUCGCUGUCUUUAGGUCAUGCCACAGCAUCUCAAUGGGGUUUAAGUCUGGACUUUGACUUGGCCACUCCAGAACGUGUAUUUUGUUCUUCUGAAACCUUUCUGAAGUUGAUUUACUUCUGUGUUUUGGAUCAUUGUCUUGUUGCAGCAUCCAUCCCCUUUUUAAGCUUCAACGGUCUGACAGACAGCUUCCUGCAAAACAUCCUGAUAAACUUUUGAAUUCAUAUUCGUCCAUUAACGAUUGCAAGUUGUCCAGGCCCUGAGGUAGCAAAACAGCCCCAAAUCAUGAUGCUCCCUGCACCAUGCUUUACGGUGGGGAUGAGGUGUUGAUGUUGGUGAGCUGUUCCAUUUUUCCUCCACACAUGAUGAUGUGUGUUACUCCCAAAAAAUUCAACUUUGGCUUCAUCAGUCCACAAAGUAUUUUGCCAAAACUUCUGUGGCGUGUCCAGGUGCCUUUUUGGGAACAUUAAAUGAGCAACAAUGUUUUUUUUUUUUU